AUGGACUCGAAGCAGCAGCUCGCGCUCCGGCCGAUCUCGACCAAGAGAGGCUCCGGCGGCGACGGCAGGGCGGUGCUGGCGCGGGAGCCGUCGAGCCUCACGAACGCCUCCUUCAGGGUGUACUACAGCCUGCGCGCCGGCGCCGGCGCCGUGCCAUUCCUGUGGGAGUCCGCGCCCGGCACGCCAAAAAGGGGCGCGGCCGCCGUCUCCCCAGGAAAAGAGGCACGCAACGCCACGAUGGCGACGACGCGGGCGGGCGGCGGCGCUGCCGACGUGGGUGGUGGUGCUACGCUGCUGCUGCCGCCCAUCUCGCCGCCACCGUCGUACCAGUCCCAGCUGAAGGGGAAGAAGGGGUGCCGGCAGAAGGCGCAGUCGUGGCCGGGAGGCAUCGUGAGAGCGCUGCUCGGAGCGCUCUGUACGAGGAAGAGACGCCGGCGGUCGGCUCCGCAUCCCGCCUCCUAUUAUGGUGAGCUGCCGCUGCAUUGCUAG